CCUCCACAGGGCGACUCUGCCCUAACCUAGUCUAGCAAGGGAUACCUGAGAUGAUGAACUUGCCCUGAGUCGGGCUCCGGGAUGGAAACCGUACAGCUGUGCGAGGACGAGAUCUUACUUCCAUCGGAAAUAGAAUUUCACAAUGCAGCAAAAACAAACAACUUAGAGAAGAUGCUGUACCUGAUCAACAGAGGUGUGGAUGUCAGGGCCAAGAACAGUGCAGACAGGACAGCUCUUCACUGGGCAGCUGGAGCUGGGCACGAGCAGGCCGUCAAGCUGCUUUUGGAACAUGAUGUGUGUGUGGAUGAGGAAGAUAAUUUUGGGAUGAAUGCACUUCUGCUGGGAGCGUGGUUUGGACACCUUAGAAUUUUACAGAUACUUGUGAAUGCUGGAGCCAAAAUAAACUGUGAAAAUAAGAAUGGGUUGAACCUACUUCAGUGUGCAGCCCAGAGGGGUCAUAUCAAGGUGAUGGAGUUCAUCAUGGAGGACCUAGAAGAUAUUAAGCUAGACAAGGUGAACAAGUUGGGUAGGACGGCUUUUCACCUUGCUGCAGAACAUGGGCAGAUGGAGGUAGUGGAAUUCCUUAUUGGUUCUGGGUGCCAGCACAGUCUGAAGGAUAAGGAGAACAACACGGCUCUACACCUGGCAGCCAAAAAUGGGCACACAGAGGUCCUGCAGAAAAUUGUAGAAAUUGGUGUUGAAUUUAAUGAUACAAAUCUGGAAGGUCUGACUGCUUUGCAUCUGGCUGUUGAAGGAGGACAUUUUGACUGUGUUAAAGUUCUUCUAGAUGCUGGGUGCAAUGUGAAUGUGCAAACAGAGAAGCUGAUGAACUGUCUUCAUUACACUGCGCUCCAUGGACAUGAGGAAAUUGCCAGAGCAUUGAUCGAUGCUGGCAUUAAUAUCAAUGCUGUUAACCAUCAAAACUCCUCUGCCCUGCAUAUAUCUGUUCUGCAGAACUUCCCCACCAUGGUUAAACUGCUCAUUGACUGCGAGUGUGACUUGGACAUUACAGACUAUAGGCUGCAGACUCCUCUUCAUAUUACAGCAGAGCAUGGAAGGCAGGAUAUGGCUGAAACUAUCCUCAUUGCUGGUGUGAACCUGAAGCUGCAAGAUAAGCAGGGAAAGACAUCCCUAGAUGUUGCUGCACGUGGGAAUCACAUCAACCUGGCAGAUAUGAUCAUCAAAGCAGAUCGAUUCUAUAAGUGGGAGAAGGACACUCUAAAUAGUGACUCUGAUUCCUGGGUGGCCAGACAUUUGACCUUUAGACAGGACCAUCGUCUGGAGACUCAGCACAUCCGCUCAGUCAUUUGGAGACUUGCAACCAAAUACCUGAAACCUAAUGAAUGGAAGAAGCUGGCACAUUACUGGAAGUUCACAGACGCUCAUAUACGAGCUAUAGAGCAGCAGUGGACAGGAACCAAAAGUUAUCGGGACCAUGGACACAGAAUGUUGCUGAUCUGGCUGCAUGGAGUGGUUAUGGCAGGAGAAAACCCAAUAAAGGGACUUUAUGAGGGGUUGGUGGGCAUUGGAAGAAGAGACCUGGCAGAGAGCAUCCGGAAAAAAGCAAACGCUGAGCCAGAUUCUCCAAAGAAGUGUACAGCUAUGUGACUGUCCAGACUUUGUGACAAAGAGAUGGUGCUGCAACACGCAUAACAGCCAAGCACUGUCUUUUUAAGGGCUGAUUUGAAAUCUCAUUGGUGCCACUGAAACACCAAUACAACUACAACAUGUCUCACUGGUUAUCUGGACAUCGUUCUUGGGUCUGUCCUGCGCACAGCACUUUCUAAUUAGUUAAAAAAAUUGCAGGAAAUAAAAAAACACUAAAUAUGCAGCACUAGGGAUGGUUCACAAAUGAACUGUGAUUUGUUGCCCUUCAGGUGUCUCGUGAAAAACCCCACAAAGAGUUAAUGAGAUAUUAGCCUCUGUGGCAUAGACUGUUCUAAUUAUUUUAUACGCACUGGGAGGGAUUUUAUUACUUAAAGCACAUCUGUGUGAAACAGACUAGGAAAACAAUGUUUUGUGAUUUCUUUUUUUUUUAUAUAGUAAAUGGAUCGCCUGAAACAUUUUGGUGCCCAGUUUUGCAACAACAUCACAAACCUCUGUGUAAAGUCAGCAGAAAAUGACAUGUAAUAUAGUGCCGCUACUUUUUAUAUACAUUUGUGUGAUCAAUUUAAAAACUGUCCUUUGUUUAGAUAAAAUUGUUUCCUUUUUUCUCUUCCUCUGUGAA